AGGUUGGGGGGGGUGGUGGAUUCCUUUGCAUAACAUCCUGGUGUUGAUCAGAAAGGAGGAGGAGCCUAUCAUCUCAGCAAUUAGUUGCAAGAAGAGUGACUCCAGCUCGUGUUAAAUUGAAUUCAUGCAUGUGCGCUGCUCUCCUCCCAUCUGAUUCUCAAACCCUUUUCUUUUGAGAUUAUGAGGGAGAUGUCCUUCCAUGGAGGAUCCUUAAUUAUUAUUAUUUUCAUCGUUGUUAUGCUAAACCUUGGUACAUUCUCAUUCCUGAUUGAUAUGCAUUUCACAUGAAGAUAACAAGGUAAGGGAGGACUCAAAAUUCAUCAAAAAAAAAAAAAAGCUAAGGGAGGAUCGCCUGUUACUACUCUUAUUCUUCAGCACUGUUGUUUUUUUUUUUUUGAAACUGUCAGCCUUUAUUCUUUUGGCAUUAUUUUUUUUAUUGUUAUUACUAAGACAAACCCAAAAUGCGAGUUUACUCUAAACCGUUUAGAAUGCUAUUCUUUUUGUGUAGCCGUAGUAGUCGCAGUAGUUUUAGUGCCAUUUUUUCCCAAUCCAUCACUCUUUCCCCCAAGCCCCCAAUUUCUUUUCACCGAAUACCACACCUCAGUCUCCACCCUUUUUCUUUUUCUUCUUUAUCUUCACCUCCUUCUCCUGAAUCUUGUGAAAGUUUAAUCCCCCUACAGAACAACGCAGAGAUGUGUAUUGAAAUUUUGAAGAAUUAUGGUUGCACUGAAAUAGACGUUUCUAAGAUCCUUGAUCGCCAUCCCUCUCUUUUAAAGGCAAAAAUACCUUUUCUCGAAUCCAAACUCCAAAUUUUACAAAGGCUCGGUUUACCGGUAUCAGACUUAGUCAAAAUUUUGGCUUGCCGCGCUAAGUUCCUCGCUGUCAAGGUCAAGGAGGGGCUCGACCAUAGAAUACAGUAUCUUGAGAACCUCUUUGGCUCCAAAGAAACCCUUCUAAGAGCCCUCCUUCAAAACCCAUCUCUCUUGAAUUAUGAUGUGGACCAAAAACUGAAACCUUGCAUCGCUAUGUAUGAGAACAUGGGAAUAUCAAGGCCAGACCUUGUCAGCUUGAUCAUCACCAGACCAAUGAUUAUGUUACACUCGUCCCUUACCCCUGAGAAGCUUGAUUAUCUCAAAAAAUCGGGCCUGUCCAAGGAGUCCAAAAUGUACAAAUAUGUUUUAUCAUUGCUGGCUGUUUCUCGCAUAGAAACUGUUCGAUUGAAGAUUGCCAACUUUGAGAAAUUUGGGUUCUCGAUGGAAGAGGUCAUGGGGUUGAUUGGCAAAUCUCCUUAUGUGUUAACCCUAUCGGUUGAUAAAGUCCAGAGGAACAUGACAUAUGUUGUUGCAACCAUGAAGCUCCCUGCUAAACUUAUCAUGGAUAACCCUGUUUUAGUGCAUGCCAACUUGGAGCGGGUUAUAAGACCACGAUUCAUUCUUUUGAAGAAGAUAAAGGCAAUGCGGCUGAUGCCUCAAAUAGAAGGACCCAUGAUGUUGACAGCUCUUAGAAUGACGGAGAAACGGUUUCUACAGGCCUUUGUAAAUUGUCAUGCAGAGGAUGUUGCCCAAGAUCUCUUAGAUGCUUACAGGAUGGCAAAGGGUUUGAAGAGGUUGGCGGAGGCCUCAAAAUUGCCCGAUCACAAGGGGUUGCUAUUCUAGAGUUUUAUGGAGGAGCUUCAUAUUGAUGGUCUGAUUGCACUUUACGAUGUGCAUGUAUUCAAAUGUAUUGAAUUAACCACUAAUGUGCUUAAUACUUGUCUUCUUUGCA